AUGUUCAUCGUACCAAUUCACGUCUCGCCACGAUAUCUUUUUGGUGGGAGCGAAUUCGUCAACGGAAUGCCAAUCACCCGAAUCGGAGCCGAACAUGAUUGCAAUGCCCCGUUCCACGAAAAGAAUCAAAAAGAACUUAUCGAAGAAGGUUUCGAAUUCGAACCGUUCAAGGUGUCAGUGUGUCAGUGUGCAUACGCAGCUAAAUGCAAUAUGGAGAGUAGAAAGGCAAAAGCAUUAGCCGUUAACACUUAG